AUGGUGUGUGUCCCGUGUGGUUAUAACAAGUACAAGGAAGCCCCAGGUGCGCAUGCGUGUACAUCGUGCCCUGGCAAAACUCACGCUGCGUCUGUUACCAACACCGGAGUAGAGCAGUGCAAUCGUUGCCCACCUGGAUACUACGAGACCAACGACCCGACGUAUCCAUGCGAAGUUUGUAGCCCCAACCACAUAUGCGUCGGUUCUGACCCAAUGGAUCCUGACCUGAUGAUGUACAGCGGUAAGCGUGUAAAGUGCGACAAGAACGCGGUGACCCUCGUGCCCUACGAGGAAAACAUAUACCUCACCAACUGUCUAUGCGACAAGGGCUACAUGGCUCGUACGCGUACCGGUGUUGUGAAAUGCGAGGCCGUUCCGAAAAACACGUAUAAGGAUGUAAUAGGGAACGUUGGCCCAACUGACUGCCCGCCUGGGUCCUAUACUUUGAAAACGGGUGCAACUGAUGCAUCGGAAUGUGUUUGUAAGAAGGGAAUGUUCUUCGACAAGGCCAACAAGCGUUGCACAAUUUGCCCGGAGGGUAUGUACUGUCUCGGUGGUCGUCUACCCAACGGCGAGCACAUGUCACCCAUGAUGUGUACGGAUGGCAAUGCGGUCACUAAGGACGGCGGAGCCACCAGUCCAAGUGAAUGUCUGUGCAAGCCUGGCUUCUACUUGCGGCAAGAUGGCCGAGGUGGAUGCGUUGAGUGCCCUGAAAAUACGUACAAAACAUUUAUUUCGAAUGAAAGUUGCACUCAGUGUCCCAAGAAUUCGGUAACCUACGGCCAGGUUGGAGCCACUUCUAAGGAACAGUGCGUUUGCGCUCCUGGAUAUUAUUUUACUGGUACAUGUAAAGUAUGUGGGUAUCCAGAUAAAUAUUGCCCCGGUGGCAUUUUUAAGCACCGAGACGAUGUGACUGGAAAGGACAUAUAUGAAACAAGUGCUCCCAUAGACUGCCCACCUCAUACCGAAAUCCCGCCCGGCGUAGACGCGGCAGACAGCUAUGACAACUGUAAGUGUAGCAAGGGGUACGCAUUUGCAAGGAGGGACGAGCAAUCAAAGACAAAGAUAUGCGUUCCUUGCCCACCCGGAUCGUACAAGGGUUCCGUGAUGGAUUCGAGUUGCAACGGUUUGUGCACGCAGAACGCCACGAGCCUGCCGGGUGCGUUCAGCCCGAGCCAGUGCUUCUGCCAACGUGGGUACUACUACCUGGCGGGAGGCAUAUGCGCGCCGUGCGUGGAAGGCGCCAGGUGCGACGGAGGUCUGCUGGACAGCGGGGGGCCGUCGUACAAGCGCAGCGUCGUCAGGUACAACGACCACGUGAAGCCCGUGCCCAUUGAGGGCUACUACCUCGACAAGAUCAACCUCGAGCUUCGCAAACCCGACGACUGGCGUUUCAUCGAGUGCCCGAUCAAGGGUGCGUGUCUGGGCGAGAAGGGUUGCUCUGAGUCGAUGACCGCGUACCUUUGCGCCGAGUGCAGGACUGGCUUCACCAACAACUUCAAGAAGGGUGCGCUGUGCAGCAAGUGCCCCUCCACCUGGUCAAACGUGCUCCUGACGGUCGCGUGGUACCUCGCCCUUUUGUUGGUGAACAUCGUGAUGGCGUGCCUGAACGUCAGCGCGGGCUUCAACCGCAGGUCCAUCCACUCCGUCGUCAUCAAGAUCGCUCUCAACUACGGUGUCUGCAUGUCGGUGCUAAACGUCAUCAACUUCAGCGAUUUGGCGCUGCCCGAGGAACUCAAGUCCACCACCAUCCAAUGGAUUAAAUUGUUGUACCGUGAGACCAAGACUUAUCACACGUCGAUCGAUUGCUUGCUUCAACAGUGGUUCGGAAUGAAGCACGCCGAUGCCUUCUUUUACAAUAUGCUUUUCAUUGCAUGUUUACCUGUUAUUUUAUUGUUCAUCGUGACUGUGCUUAUGUGGGUAAUUCUCGGGUUGUUCAAGCUGACACGGGGUUCAACCAUGCGUUCGAAGUUGGCGCUGCUAUAUCAGUCCAAAGUACAGGGGAUGAACUAUUUAUAUGAUCGGUUGGCAGAAGAGUAUUCGAACGAGCGUUUGUUUAUGAUUUUCCGUUACAUCCCGCUGCCUGGGGAGACACGCUGGGUACGUUUCAAGCACUUCUUGGAAGAUAUGAUUCCGAUUUACGUCACAGUGCUCUUCUCACUGCACGGCAACACAACAAGCCAAAUGCUUAGUCUUCUAGACUGCACCCACAUAAGCUUGGGGCAGAGUAUUCCCAGCAAAUACGUUCUGCGCCCCGCCAUGAGCAUUAAGUGCUCACUGGAUCCCGAUGAGGGUUACAUUCCGUACUUGCUGCUGGGUCUGGGAGGUUUGAUCUUUUGGGGAUUCGGGAUUCCGUUGUUUUCGUACAUCGUGUUGUUGAUGAACCGGCGAAACCUGUACGCUCCUGACGUGCGCAUGAAAUACGGGUUCCUUCACAACGGUUACCAGCAAGGAUACUGGUUCUGGGAAGCGAUUGUGUUCACUCGCAAGAGUCUUGUGCUGGUGAUUGGCAGCAUCGUGAUCGUGCCGUCGCAGAACACGAGUGGAUCCCGUAUAUGGAUGGCUCUGGCCGUCGCCGUAUUCUUCCUCAUUAUCCAGCUCAUCUACAAGCCGUUUGACGAGCGAGACUAUUUCGUACUCGGGAGGCUCGAGAGCCACAGCAUGAUCUCGUGGACAGCAAGCUUACUCGCCGUUUAUCUUAUGUGUUACAUUAGGUUACAGCCAACAGUCGUUACCAUUGUCUGUGCUUUCUUGUUCCUGAACUCGUGUUACUUCUUCUUUGUCGUGAUUACGAGCUCGGCUCGUGCAUUACUUACGACUAUGCGGCACAAGCGUGAUAAGACCCUCUUCCGUAAGCUGCGUUGGAUCGUUGAUGUACUGCUAUACUUCGAGGCGCGAAGAUCUUCACGGGAGCCUCAAAUCCAUUACAACCAACGCAUCGGCCAGCUGCAACUGAAGUCAAGUACCAAGAGGAGGAAGUGGUUGGGCAUCAAGACCUAUAAAUUGACGUCCUUGGAGCGUUACUACUUCGUGAACAUUGUGACCGAGAUCUAUCGCAUCGUUAUUUGCCACCUGAAGCUAGACGUAAUGCCCAAGUUGUUGAUCGAAUUCCUUAUUCGCCUAUCCAUUUCGUUCACACGUUUGGAGGAGAAAAUGUCUAAGAAGGAGCUUUUCCAGGAUCUCAAAGAUGGAGACCUGUCAACACUCGUGGCGUGGGCUGCUGAAAAGGAGUCGCGUAAACCAAACAGGAUAUUGAAAUGGGACAGUUUAGAGGGCGGUGUAAACAUUCCAGACAUGUUGUUGAACGACAAGAACCUCACUGCCGAGAUGGGUCUGCGUCGUGAAGAGCUGCAGGACAUCAUGGACUGCUUAUUCGACGACAACGUGCUCGAGGGGAACACUAAGCUGCCUGACUUCUACCACUCAAUUACCCGUAUCUGGAUUAUGGACACGAACAUGCUCACGUUUUUGUUCAGCGUCUAUAAGCAUGUGAAGUACCAACGCGACAAAGAACGGCUCGAUGAAAUGAACAAAUCAAACGCCAAACUCCGUGCCAUGAUGAAUAAUUUGCAGGCCCUAGCUGAGGGCGAGAAGGAUCUCGAGGAAUUCGCGAAUGCCGAGAACGUUGCUCAAUUGGAAGAAGAAUUGAAAACUAAAUCGGCCAAGCGAGACCAACUGCUUGAGGAACUCAAGGAGAUGCAAUCUAGCCCUGACACCUAUUGCCCCGGAGAUACGGGAUCUAACGAGCCCGCUUUGGAUGCGGCAAUGAAGGAUUUGGGUUUCACCGUGAAGGGUGCUUUAGAAAAAUACGUCAUUGAUGCGCUAUCUUCCAGCGAGUCGGAUACUGACGAUGAGACUGAAUCUGAUUCAGAAGGUGAAACCACAUCUGAUUCGGACUACUCUACCGACGAAGAGUGA